AUGGCGCCCAGUCGGCCGGAGAACAAAAAGCAGCAAAAUCCUGACUCUCUCCUGACCGAUGCCGACACUCAGUUCGAAGUCGGGAACCUCGACGAAGCUAUUUCGCUCGCUGCGAGAGCGCUCGAGAUCACUGGGCCCGGAGGCGACCAUGAGCUGCGCGCGCUGAGCUUGCUGGGCACACUGCUUGUGGAAGCUGGAGACAUCCAAGACGGCCGCAGCUAUCUGGAGCGUGCUGUCAAGCUGGACGAAGAUGGCAUGGCGGACGAGAAAAUCGGCGGCGGACCAGAAAAGUUUCUCUUCCUCGCGCAGCUCAGCGAGGACGGCGGCCAGGAUAGCGUCAAGUGGUUUGAGCGCGGCGCCACCACGCUGCGGAGGCAGAUUCAGAACCUGGCCGAUCGACCGUCGAGAAGCCCGGAACAGCAGGCGAGCCUGACGGAGAAGCAGCAAAAGCUGGGCGGGGUGCUCUGUGCCGUGGCGGAAGUGUACAUGACCGAUCUCUCCUGGGAGGACGAUGCGGAGCAGCGCUGCGAAGCCCUGGUCACAGAGGCCAUGAUGAUUGCGCCAAACUUCCCCGAGACGUGGCAGACUGUCGCCAACGUGAGAAUCUCGCAAGAGCGCAUGCAAGAGGCCAAGCAAGCCCUCGCGAAAAGCCUGGAACUCUGGCAAGAUCUGCCGCCCUCUCACCCAGAUAUUCCCGCGUUUCCUACCCGAGUUGGCCUCGCACGACUGCUGCUCGAGACGGAGAUGGAGGAAGAAGCCCUCAAGGUGCUGGAGCGCCUUGUGAGCGACGACGACGAAAGCGUCGAAGCCUGGUAUCUCGGCGGCUGGUGUCUCUACAUCUCCGGUAGGAAGCAGCGAGAGGCCCAGCCCCAUGGAAACGGGGACGCCAAACAGGCUUGGAAGUCCACCUGGUCUACUUCGCGCAAGUGGUUGGCGCAGUGUCUCAAGCUGUACGCAAAGCUAGACUACGAGGACGAAAGGCUGGGCCAACAUGCUGUCGAGCUGUUGCAGGAUCUCAACAAGGAAUUGGGCGAGAUGCCCGACGGGGGGGAAGAUGACUGGGAGGAUUCUGGGGACGAUGGCCGCGAUGACGACGACGACGGCGACGGCGAUGGCGACGAAGAGAUGACGGAGGGUUGA